AUGACUAUCCAGCUCGUGGUUCCAAAUGCAGAGGCCAAGUGCCCUCGCGGGGAUCGCCUGCAGGAGGAGCCUUCGGCGAAGAAUGCCCAGGGCUUAUUCCCACCCGAAGCUUGUAUUUUCGUUGGAAAUCUCUCUACAAAAGUUCCCACUGAGACGCUGGCUGAAGACUUGAAGUCGGUAUUUACACAAUAUGGAGCUUGCCAUGUAAAAAUCAAGCAAGAUAAAAAGAAGGGAUUGCCCGGUGCUUUUGUGCAGUUUGAACGUGUGGAGGAUGCCAGUGCAGCUCUGGCUAGCGACGAAUCUACCGUGCUUCAUGACCGAUUGCUGAGAAUUGAACGUGCUAAAGGACGAAGAACUGCGUGUCUUGGGCUGCGCUCUCUUCAGCCCGUGACAGCUCAAGACGUACUGACUGCACUGGAUGGUCGUGGAUCUCUUGAAGUCUACACUAUCGAGCCGCAGCAGACGGGAUAUCAGACUUGGACGGACGUGGCCAAAGUGACGUUUGCUUUUGUGGAUGACUGUCGAGACGCAAUCAAGUACUUCCAAAAAGACGACAAGUACUACCUGCACCUGCUCGACAUGGACGGCAGCCCUCUCCUCAAGGGCCCCGUUCAGGGCCCCGGCAACGGGGCUCCUCACUCCAAGCCCUACAAUGGGCGUUUCCCUCCUCGUGCUGGAAAUUUCCAGCGAAACAACCACUCCCGCCAGCACCGCAACGGUAAUGGCAACUUCAACCCCCGGAACCCUCAUCGCAGCAGCUUCCCAAAGAUCCAUCACUCUCAGCUGAGCAAUGAGAACCUGCCUCCCCACGCCGGAUACGUUCCCAACCCAACUUUCACCGUCCAUGGGGUAACCUUCAACAGCCAUGAGCUGCACCCACCUCUCUUCAACCCUCACUACGCAAUGCAUGCUCCUCCCGAUCCCAAUGGCUUCACCGGUCCUCCUCCCUACGUCUACACUGGUCCUGGUCCUCUUCCCAUCACUGGUCCCCGGCCUUACAUGGGCCCUCACACAAAUCCUGAUCCCUUUGGUCCUCCUCCCAUGCAUCCACCCUACCUCCCCUACGGCCAACCUCAUUAUCCUCCUCCACCACCACCCGGCCCUUACUAUCCUCCCGGUUUCAUCCCUAACCAUGGCCCCGUGAACACUCCACCCGGCAUGAACGGUCCCCCCAACGGGUACUUUGGCCCUGUUGGCCCAGUCGGUCCAGUCGACCACAUGGGUUAUGUCGAGCCCUUCCCUGGACAUGGAGGCUUUGGCCACUCCCCUCCCAACAUCAAUGACCAACAUUUCGCCCCUCACAAGGCGCCAAGCCCGGUGAAGCAGAUGGAUAUCAAACUGGAUGGCAUCCCAGAAGAGAAGGUUGCCGAACAGCCUUCCGAGAACGACACCGUGGGAGGUGUCCCAUUGAACCCCAAGACGCCCGAGAAGGCUCCCCGUCUCAUUCGUGUCUAUCACGCCGAUGAUGAGGAGGAAGAGGACAUCAAGGCUGCCUCCAAGAAGACCUCCGCUGGCAGCGCCGUCGUUGUUUCUGUCGAAGAGAUCACCGACAACGAUUCCGCCAUUGAAGCCGAUUCUCGCUCUCGAUCUCGUUCCCGCACCCUCUCUCAAUCCCUCCGUCGUUCCCGCUCUCAAUCUCCCUCUCGCUCCCGCUCGCAUUCUCACUCUGGAUCUCGCUCUCGCUCUGUGUCCGCCACUGGACUCCGCCUGGGCUCAACUUCCGACUCGGCUCCUCCCUCUGACUCGGAGAAGAGCAAGAAGACCGUCAUUUGGGCCAAAGACACGCCUAUGGAGGACUCCAGGCCCCCGAGUCCCAUCAACUCCAUUGCCAGCACCAAUUCAAGCCAUACUUGCGCAUCUCCCACCUCAAAGCCCGUUGAUUCCUUCGCGGUUACCCUAACCGGCCUCACCGUUGAGCAGUACGCGCGUCAACAUCACCUCAGCCCGGGAGUCAGCGAAGAAACCCUGCAGGAAAUCAUCCGGGACCUGGUGGAGGAACGGAGGGUGAAAGCACAAGAAGAAGAGAAAGAAGCUCUCCUCGCCAAAAGUGAUGGUUGCCAGCCCAAGACUGGCACUGAUACCGAUGAUUCUCAAAAUGGAUCUGUGGCUCGCAACUGCUCCGUGAAGUCCGUCUAA